GUCAGUAACGGUCAGUCGUUAGUUUACGGUGCGCUCUAGAGCAGCGUUGCGCUGUUGAACGUCUAAAGAGAGGUGACUCCAGGUGACUGUCUACUCACAAAGCCUCCCAAGCCUGCCUUGAACACUGUUUCUGUGAGCGAGGAGUCAUCCUGACUAGCCAGCCAGUCUCUAGCAACUGAAGUGAUCUCGUGCCCCACCUACGGUACUACGGUUCGGACAGUUUGUUCUGCUCACGACGGUGAUAUGGUUCGGUACACGAGGCACGGGGUACCCGAGAUCUAAAUUUAGUGCUUCGCACCCGAGUAACCUCCGCCCGGUUCGGACUCUCCCUGCGCUGCUGGUGUGCCUGGUGUGCCUGUCCACCCGCCUGACACACCGUUCGUUCCUGUGCCUGGUCAUUGGCACCGAAUCAGCUCUCGUUUUGCGCACAUACACACACAUACGUAGAAAGUGAAUACACUGUGUCGGAUGACGCUCAGCAUCAUCAUCCACCGCCAACGAAAAUCUCGCCGUGUUGUGCAUCAACCUUUUUUUUUUGCGUGCUCACGAACAACCGGCACAUCCGAGAACAUCGCACAGGCCUCAGUAGAAGUCCGCAUGCCAGUCCGGUCUGGUUGGUGUGAUUGUUUGUUCGCGGUUAAGAAGUCUUCCGCCCCAACAAAUUAAAAUAAAAAAAAAACGUGCUGUCAGAGAUAUUACGACCGUUGGCAUAGUAAGGUUGGCAACACCCACCAUCCAUCGCAUCCCCCCUAGUGUCUGUGUGCUUGGGAAGUUAGAUUGUUUGCUUUGGCACGACGAUUGAGCGUCACUUCCGGCACUAGCGACACUCUGUCCAGUGUCCCGUGAUCUGCGAUCGUUUCGAUUUCCAACUGACGGGGGUAGAAAAAUACGAACCAGUGUGUGUGUGUGAUCUAUUAAAUAUCCAUAUAAAAGGUGUGAGGAAAGGUGCAACAGAUACAGCAAUAAAGAUGAGUGCCAGAGGAGUAUUGCUCAAGUGUGAUAUGAACUCCUCCUUCGAUCAACCGGAUCCGGCGAUCAUCAUCUCACCACGAUCACCCGCCAUCCUGCUCAACGAUUACUUUUCGCCGGAAGUCCAGGGUAAUGAAUCUCCGGCAGGGCACGCGGGCAGCGGUGGUGGAGGAGGCGGCGUUGGUGGCGGUGGAGUGCUCAGUGGUGCGCUCAGCCUCUCCCAGGAGGAUAUUGUUGGCGUGCUGCCGAACGAAAUCUCCGCCCCGUACGAGGUCCCGCAAUUCCCGAUCGAGCAGAUCGAGAAGAAGCUCCAGCUGCAACGACAACUCAACGCCAAAGUGAUGGAGCAGGAUCGGCACUCGAUUGCGCCGGAAGUGCAUCCCGAUGAGCAGCUACCGUUCGACGAGCAUGACUUCGUCGCCCACUUCCAGCGGGUGUCGAUCUCGGGCGAGGACACCAGCGGCGUACCGUUGGACGAUCUCGAGCGUGCCUCGACGCUGCUGGUGAAGGCGCUGGAACUGCGCGAAAAGUAUAUGCGCAACUCGCACCAAGCGUUUCCCCAAACCACGGCACGGUUCCUCAAAUCGACCCACUCGAGCACGAUCACGCACCAGGAACGGAAAUCGAUCGCUGACCAUCCAGUGAAUCCACCGCAAAGUACGCAAUCGCCGUGGGUCAUUGACAUACCGGAGGACCUAAACUACAGCAUCCGGCCGGUGAACGGUGUGUUCGAGGUGUUCCCGACGCCGGACGCGACCGAACCUAUCCCCUACCACUACACCCGGCUGCCCGACUUUGUGCUGGACAUGCAGAUGAUGUGCUCGAUGAUUGCGGACGGGCCGCUGAAGUCGUUCUGCUACCGUCGGCUGAGCUACCUGUACUCCAAGUUCCAGCUGCACGUGCUGCUGAACGAGUUGCGCGAGCUCGCAUCGCAGAAAGCGGUACCGCACCGCGACUUCUACAACAUCCGCAAGGUGGACACGCACAUCCACGCGGCCAGCUGCAUGAACCAGAAGCAUUUGCUACGCUUCAUCAAGAAGACGCUAAAGAACAGUGCGGACGAGGUGGUGACGGUGACCAAGGGCACACCGAUGACGCUCGCGCAGGUGUUCCAGUCGAUGAACCUGACCACGUACGAUCUGACCGUGGACAUGCUGGAUGUGCACGCGGACCGCAACACCUUCCAUCGGUUCGACAAGUUUAACGCAAAGUAUAAUCCGAUCGGUGAGUCGCGGUUGCGCGAGGUGUUCCUCAAGACGGACAACUACCUGAACGGGAAGUACUUCGCGAACAUCAUCAAGGAGGUGGCGAGCGAUUUCGAGGAAAGCAAGUACCAGAACGCGGAGCUGCGGCUCUCGAUCUACGGCAAAUCGCCGGACGAGUGGUACAAGCUGGCCAAGUGGGCCAUCGACGGUAACCUGUACUCGGACAACAUUCGCUGGCUGAUACAAAUACCGCGUCUCUAUGACAUCUUCAAAACGAACCAGCUGAUGACCUCGUUCCAGCAGAUACUGGACAACGUGUUCAAGCCCCUGUUUGAAGCGACCAACAAUCCGAGCCAGCAUCCGGAGAUACACACCUUCCUGCAGUACGUGAUCGGGUUCGACUCGGUGGACGAUGAGUCGAAGCCGGAGAACCCGCUGUUCGAUGGCGAUGUAACACCGCCGGCACAGUGGACCGAUGAGGAGAAUCCACCGUACGCCUACUACAUCUACUACAUGUACGCGAACAUGACCGUGCUGAACCACUUCCGGUCGGCGCGCGGUCUCAACACGUUCGUACUGCGGCCCCACUGUGGUGAGGCCGGCCCGGUACAGCAUCUCGUCUGCGGGUACCUGAUGGCGGAGAACAUUUCGCACGGUUUGCUGUUGCGCAAGGUGCCGGUACUGCAGUAUCUGUACUAUCUCGCCCAGAUCGGUAUCGCGAUGUCGCCGCUGUCGAACAACUCGCUGUUUCUCAACUACGACCGCAACCCGUUCCCGGAGUAUCUAGCACGCGGGCUAGUCGUGUCGCUGUCCACCGAUGAUCCGCUCCAAUUUCACUACACCAAGGAGCCACUGAUGGAGGAGUACAGCAUUGCGGCGCAGGUGUGGAAACUUAGCUCGUGCGAUAUGUGCGAGCUAGCGCGGAACAGUGUGCUGAUGUCCGGCUUUCCGCACAAGAUGAAACAGCACUGGCUUGGUCCGAACUAUACGCGCGAAGGUGUGGCCGGUAACGAUAUUACGCGCACGAACGUGCCUGACAUACGGGUCGCGUUCCGUUACGAGUCGCUGCUGGACGAGCUGGCCAACAUCUUCAAGGUGAACAACGAACAGAAGAUGCAGUACGCCGCACAACAGUAACACACCUCACACACCUCUAGAGGCCGGACGUUUUCUCCUCUCUCUCUCUCUCCUUCCUUUAUUCUCUUGCUCUUGUUAUGUCGGUCUAUUCCAAGGACCUCAACAUUCACUAUCACUGUUUGUAGUGGACCGAAGAGCUAUGGGAGAUGACGGACUCUGUGUGUGAGUGCGUGUAUGUACGAGGAUAAUCGUUGUGAUAAAUGGUGGUACUACACCUAUGGCUUAUCUCGAUGGUUUCAUGCGUUCUUGUUUAUCUGUGUGUGUGUGUGUGUGAGUGCUCACUUAUUCCUUCUUCUUCUUCUUCUUCUGCUUGGGGGCCAAUAAGGCUUUUCCCUGUUCUUACUACGGCUAUGAGACCCACUAAACAGGGUAUGCGAUCCGAUAAACUCCCUUCAUACGAGAGGUUAGACCUCUCUCCCCUUUUUUCCCCUAUAGCAAGCAAGCACACAGGGUGACAUCUCUCAUUAAUUGUAUCUUUCCAAUAAAAACCCGAAUCAUUAGGAACCAAUUGCACACAAAAUGAAAGAAAUACAACCACACAGAUUAUAUAUAACAGUUAAUAAAGUUAAACUAUUUAUAUAUGCAUAUGAGCAUCUAUACAUCUAUAGAGUUCUAUACAUAUAUAGAGAGAUAUAUAUAUA